AUGCACGACUGCAUAUCCUCUGUACGGGUUGUUCUGCAUGAGCCAAAGGCACACUUACAGGAGGAAGAAUGGCUCAAGAACUUCAAAGCCAGCACAGCCAAAAGCAAGCAACUUCGGGAAUCCAUCGAGGCUAUAACGGACAGAUUUCAAGCACGACUUGUCUCUCUUCAAGAAAAUGUACUUCCAAUGCACGAAGUUAAUGGAAGAUUGCAGGUCAAACAGAAAAAUAUUCAACGGCUAAUUAAAACAAUCGACACAACCAUACAGUUCUAUGGCCGCACCAGUGAGUUGGAGAGUUCAAUAAGGGAUGGCAACCCUAGCCAUGAUUUGGAAACGUAUCUGGAAAAUAUGGAAUGUCUGCAGCAGGCCAUUCAGUUUUUCGAAUCUCAUCCUAAUUAUCAGAAUCAGACGGAGAAUAUGAAAUUAACUCUAGAAACUGGCUUUUCGGUGUUGGAAACCGAGUAUCGCUCCGUUGUACAGAGGAAUACCAUUCAAGCCGAUCCUAUGGUACUGAUCGAAAGCCUGGAUGAACAGUACGAACUAAUGGGCUCUCGUGCCAAAGACAUAAAGACUGUUCGUGAUUUAACGGCAUUAACUCGUCUCGGCGUGUGGCUUCUGGAACGGGAACGAACGCGAUUCCUCACCCAUUACGCAAAAAUCAGGGGCGACAACAUGAUGCGAACGAUCAGCGCUGUAACACAACAUCAUGCUGCAUCGAACUCGCGCACUCACCCACGUUCUGCUGCUAUAAAGAGCGUGUUCAAGAAGGCAGCUGGCCGUGGUGAACGUCGUGUUGGUGACGUGGAUGGAGGAGAGUCAGAAGGGGCGUCUCUGAUGGCAGGCUGUCUUUUGGCACUGCUAGAAGUUGAAGAGGCAAUUAUGGUAAAGACGAUACCCGACACAACUCGACGUGCCCAGGUAUUUCGUGAACUUGUCGCCAAUCCACUCAGUUUUGUUAUUCGACACAUCCAACGGGUUGUACAGGACAGCGACAAAGGAGUACUUCCACUUCUUCCUCUCCUACGAUUUCUCUCCGCUCAUCAAACUCGUCUUCAGAAUCUCGCAACGGUUAGGAAGAACAGUAUGGCUGAUGUCCCUUUUGAGGCCUUGAUGCGACUACUACGUGUAAAAUCCUCAUCAUAUAUUAACGAAUUUGUUGAAAAAUUGAAGAAUGACAAUAGCAAGUUGCCUGUAGAUGGAAAUGUCCAUCCAAUAACUGUCAGCACAAUAAAUUUCCUGGCAACUUUAACGGUUCAUCGUCAUACUGUAACCCAACAACUGCUGCUCAUGACUGCCCCUCAAGGAACUAACUCAGCGCUUCUACUGCCAAAACUUUUUGGCAUGUUGAUUUUCCUUUUUCGUAUAUUUUUUCCUGUAGAAAUCGACUGUUUUGAUUCUAAAGCUUUUAUUCCAGCGAGAAUUUUGUCGGCACUAGGGAUGACGUUGAAAAAGAAAAGCGAGAAUUAUGACGAUCCAGCUUUGUCGAGCUUAUUCCUUCUGAACAACUACAACUACAUAGCAAAAGCUUUGGAAGAUGAUGAGGAUGGACUUUUGCCAGUGAUUAACGAACAGAAUACGCAGAUCCUAUCGUUUUAUCACUCGGAGAUUGAGCAGUGCGUCAACAUCUACAUGCGCAGCUGGAAUCAAUGUAUCGCAAGUCUUCAAGGAGCUCAGCGCAUCGGAGAUGAUAAGAACAUGAUGAAAAACAUGAUCGCUAAUUUUACACGUGAGUUCGAUGCGACGGUUGCACAACAGCGUGACUAUUGCAUAGCCGACUUGAAGCUCCGAGCUAUCGUCUGUGAUCAUGUGAAGAGGGCGAUCGUGACCCUGUACAGUCCUCUUAUGCAGAGGGUUGAAAUCUGUGGGGAACAAUUUGUCACUAAGCAAUUAAAAUACACAAGAGAGUCACUGGAGGCGAGUAUCGAUCGUCUCUUCGAUGCUUCUGGUUGA